AUGUCUCCGUCGUUGACCAGAAAUCGGCGGAGCCUCUCCGUCGUCUCGAAGAAGGUGGAAACAGUCGGACUGUGUGCUCUUUCGCGGCCGUGUUUGCGCUUUUUCGUGCCAUCCCAAGGCGGCUCGAGUGGCUCGUCGUUUCGCUCGGAAACAUUGCUUCUUCAGAGGUGAUAUAUCUCGCGACUGGUUUCGAGGAUCCAUCUGUCGAACCUCUUGAAACUUAUCUCUUGUUUUUUUUUUGUUGGAAAAAAAAUGGGAAGUAGAGUUUAUCACUGGAGCAAGUAUGACCUUAGGAAAGUCCUAUAACUGAAGUGGAAAAAUCUGGAUGUAUGAUGGAAAUAAUCACAGAAAUCGCUGAUUUUAAUAAUUAGUUGAUUUUUAUCAUUGGAGCGCACUUGGUGAUAAAUUUUAGAUUUUUGGAAUUUCGCGUGUUUUGAGACCUGUAGGAAUUCUUGCAACUUACUUCUUGUCUUUUUUCGAAAUAGGAAGUAGAAUUUGGCGCUGGAGCAAACAUGACCUCACAGAAAAUUUUGCAGCAAAAACAAAGAAGAGGACGCCAAAGUGGCCACUGAAACCCCACUAAAACGUCAAAACCCUAUAGUGGCCACGGAAAAUUUGUCCAGUAUUGUUGUAGUUUACUCUUUACUCACCCACAGAAUUGUGCGAGGGCCUGCCCGUCAACCUAUCGGGCUCCCCUACCCUUUUCUAAGCCCGACUCGGCCCGUCCUUAGGGGUGCCUAG